GGUUGGAGUCUGCGCAGUAGGAGUGGAUUAGAACAGGUAUCACCUGCAAUGAAUUGUUUCCACUUCACUUUGAGUUUUUCUCUGUCGGGUUGAUGUGUUCACUUUUUGAUCCUGUAGCCCCACGUCCGAAUCUUUCCCCAGCUUUUGGUUUCUUUUAAACAGAUCUUUGUCAUUCGCUUGGUUCGUUUUGUUGACAAUACUUCCUGUUUGAGAAAAUCCAUUAUGGCAGGUUCAGAGAGCCAGAAAUUCAGUCUACAGCAGGUCCUGGACAGUUUCAAACUGUGUCUGUCGCCACACAAAGACGUGUACCUCGAACACUACGUCUCUGGAUGGAGAGGUCUUGUAAAGUUUCUGAACAGUUUGGGAAGCAUUUUCGGUUUCAUCUCCAAAGAUGCUGUCAGCAAGAUCCAGAUCCUGGUGAACUUCAUGAAAGGUGAGAGCGGCUCCGAGUACGUCACCGUGCAGUCCAUGGUCAAGUACGAGUUGAACAAUCAACUGGUGGACGUGGACAAGAAGGGCAUCUAUCCUGAGUCCGGCUGCCGCACUCUGCUGAGGCUCCACCGUGCUCUGAGGUGGCUCGAGCUCUUCCUGGACCGCCUGCGAACAAGCAGCGAGAACGACAAGACUUCAGUCAUGUGCAGGGAGGCCUACAACGAGUCCCUGGCCAAUCAUCACCCGUUUAUGAUCCGGAAGGCAGCGGGCAUGGCUUUUCUCGCCAUUCCCGGACGUGCAGCUUUCUUUGAUGUGAUGAACGUUGGCCCCCCUGAGCGGGUGGUGGCAGUGCUGGGGGAGGCUUUGCCUCUCAUUUCUGAAGUGUACCAGAUCACAGAGGAACUCUAUACAAAACACAACCUACAUGAUCUACCAUAGACGUGCAUAGGCUCUCCUUUGGAUAGAUUAUACCUGUCUGUAAAUAGUCCCUGCUGGGAAGCUGUGGAAAAUGCUGCUACUAUAUGAUAAUCCCAGCAUUUGAACUAUAUCUAUAAUUUAUGACACUGAUUGUAAUCCUGUAUGUUACAGUUUUAGGUAUAAUGUUGCAUGUUUAUCUUUGACUCAUUAUCCUGUAACUUAAAGCAAUACCUUUACAGUUCCACAGGUGUUAUUAGUUCAAAUAAAAAGCAGGAGGUAUUUGAUUAAUCCUAUUAUUUAUGAAAGGGAACCAUAUAUAUAUAUAU